AUUGUUUUCUUACUCGGCACAGAACACGGUUAGAAAUACUUAACUCAUUCCGGAAAACAUUUUUCAAAAUAAAAACUAAAAUAUCUUAGCUUUGCCUAACGAAGAAACCAAAAGUACACACAUUCGCGGCGACCAUAAGGGGCGCCAGCUUUAAGUUUAUUGUUAGAUCGAUACCUAUUAUCUUCCCCAAUUAAACGGGGCACUCAAGAUGUCCUGGAACCGCGGAGCCGAGCGUGAUUUCCUCACAGAGAACAAACAGAACGUGCGUUUCUAUGAGAAGAACACUCGUGUUGCGGCCGCCUUGAACGCCUUGCGCGUUCCACGCUGGCGACCCGUAGUCCUACACUAUCCGGAGAAGUUGCGUCCACACUGCGCAGCGGCGGCUCGAAAGGGUCGCGUGGCCCUGACAGACAUCGAGACGGGCUUGGCUCGCUGCGGUCUAGCCUACCCGUAUGGACUCCCACAGACUACCCGGAAGCUGCAAAAGAUGAAGCAACAACCGUGUCAAUGCCACCAGUGGCAGAUGCAGCAAGAACAGCAGGACGAGGAGUUCCGCCGGACAGGGGGAUGGUCUGAAAACGCAGCAGAGGCUCAAACAGAUGAUAUUAAGGACACCAAUUUUCUCAACAAGGCCCUCAAGAAGUGCCAGUCUAAAACAAAAGACAACAUCGACACACGUUCCUUGCGCUCGCAAGCUUCACGAGCGUCAAGAGUCUCACGUGAGUCGCGCAGAGUCGCUGGCGGGGCCGAAGCCGGCAAUGACCCAGCUCCUCCAGCUGAAGGCCAAGAGGCAGCUGCACCGCUCAGUGCACGCAGCUCGGCUUCUAUUAACACUCUCAAGUCAACGGCAACAUUGAAAUCGAGCAUCAGUCGCACCUCACGAGCAACAGUUAAGUCCCAGGCCACCAUCAAGUCUGGCAUGAGCAAGAAAACCAUGCCAACCAAAGACCAUGCUUCAGGAACAUCCGUGCCCAAGGAGAAGCAUCAAGUCCCAACAGAGGUGCAGACAGACACAAAUGGCUACACAAUGCUUAAUGCAAAGGAACGCGAAUCGGCCCUGAACGAGGCCCACAUCAAGUACAACGACCUGAUUCAAGAAUACAAUCGUCUGCCAGUAUCGGCGGCCACUUUGCGCGUCCGCAACCGAAAGAUAGCCAUCGAGCGCGAACUGGACGAUCUCGACUAUACUAUUCACAUGUUCGAUCAACCAAAUGUAUGUUUCACGCGCAACUGAUGGGUCACGAUUCAUCCAGUCUUUCCGUCCUGAUAGUGCUAUCAGGACGUUCUAUCGGUUCAAAUGAAUUGUUUUUCAAAA